AUGAGCAGCGACAGUGGAUCGGGUUCUGAAGAUGACGGGCCGGAACCGGGUCUCGCGCUGGAGAGGGCCCCCAGGAGUAAUGCGGGCAGCAAAAUGGCCAAACUCUUGAGUGCUGAAGAGGAAGACGACUUCUACAAAACUACCUACGGAGGUUUCCUUGAAGAGGAAGACGACAAAGAUUUCGGGUCGGACGAUGCUACUUCAGGCUCCGAAGAUGAAGUGGACUCAGAUUUCGACAUUGACGAGAAUGAUGAGGUCGUCAGCGAUCAGGAAGAUGAAGGAAGACCGAGGAAGCGGAGAGCCGUGUCCACGAAAGCCUACAAAGAGCCUAAAGCGAGCCGACCCUCGACGAGCGAGCCACGAGCAAAGAGACCACGUCGCAGCAUCGACGAUGAGCUCAUGGAUACUUCCACCCUCGAGUCCUUGGAGGAAAGGAAAUCCAAACGAAAAUCGACGCAAGCCAAAAGCCAAGCUGUCGAGGCCCGACGGAGACAAGAGGCCGAGUCCGCGAAGAAUAGGCGUCGGAUCAAGAGAGAAGAAGAAAGAGAAAUUACGCAGGAAGAGCUGCUCGAGGAAGCGAAACAGACUGAAAUUGAGAAUAUCAAGUCAUUGGAAAGGUACCAGCAGCUGGAGAUGGAGAAGAAGAAAACGAUGCGCGCUAAACAAGUCAUGAGAGGUCCAAUGAUACGCUUCCAAUCGAUAGCGAUGCCGCGCAUCGAAGAAGUGAGCCCGCCGGAGGGCGAGGAGGUCUUAUCUCUGGACGGAAAACAAGAUGGGAAGAUGAACGUUUUGGAGACCGGCCGCUGCAUGCGGAACUUCAUCACCUUCCCAGAUGAAACGAUCCUCAAAAAGAUCUUCCCUCAACACAAACCUCGCCCGGCGACGAAGAACUUCUGUCCGAUCUCACGUCAACCCGCCAGAUACUUCGAUCCCGUGACUCACAUCGCUUACGCUAACCUCCAAGGAUAUCGCGUGCUUCGUGAAGCCUAUUACAACCAACUCGACAGUAAAGGUGACACGAGACAACCGGAAGUCGCCGCGUGGAUCGAAUGGAGACGCAAAACGAAGGCAGCAAGCCAGCAGCAGGCGGCUGCUCUACGACAAAAACAGGCAGCUGCGGCCCAGGCCGCGGCCUUGGCACAACAGCAGGUGGCGAAGCAGACCGCUCAACAGCUGCAGAAAGGGGGUUUCGCGACGGUGAAAACCGUCGCGCAGACAUCUGUUAGAACGACCGCCGCGACAACUGUAAGAACGGCGUCAGGACUGAAGCCAGCUGCUGCUGCGAUAGCGACCAUGAAGCCUGUGGCGACGAUGAAACCGACUGCGGCGGCGGUGCGCCAAGCAGCUAUAACUGUCAAGCCAGCUCUCGCAGGUGGCAUGAAGCCAAUAGCAGCUGCACCGAUUCGCCCGGCGAUUACAGCGAUCAGGCCUAUGGUCGCCACCAUGAAGCCAUCCGUGGCCGCCGGGCCCACUGUAGUCCAACAAAUCCAACACAUCCAGAAACCUAUUGCAACCGUUCAGCCGGUGCAACAAAUCGUCCAUCACCAAACCCAACAUCAACAAGCACAACAACAACAACAACAACAGCAGCAGCAGCAACAACAGCUCCACCAUCAACAACAGCAACAGCAGUCUAUGGGAAGUCAACAAUGAGCAAAUCAUCUCGUGGAUUCCUUAUUCCUUUCGGAUUCGUGGUGGGACAUAAGGAGUUCUGUUAAUCUUCGUAUUCAUCAAUCACACCUUGUAAAUAUUCUAUACAAUAUUCUACGUUAAAAGAAAUGAUCGAGUUUUUGAGCAAAAAAAACUAUCGAGGA